AUGCAGCCACCACUGGAAAAUGAAUCCAUUGUCUUAGUAUUUACACUCUCUGGACUUAAUGAAACAAUGGAAAACAGAUUUGUGUUUUUUACCCUCACUGCACUGUUUUAUCCCCUAAUGGUGUUUUGUAAUGUAACUAUCAUUUUUACUAUAAUUUCGUAUAAGAAACUUCAUGAGCCGAUGUAUGUGUUUUUAUGUAAUUUGUGUAUAAAUGCACUUUAUGGCACUGCUGGAUUCUACCCUAAAUUCUUGUAUGAUUUAUUAGCUGAAGAUCACAUGAUUUCUUAUGCUGGAUGUCUGAUUCAGAUUUUUGUCAUUUAUUCAUUUGCCUUGUGUGACAUUUCAACAUUAACAGUGAUGGCAUAUGACAGAUAUGUGGCAAUAUGUAGACCACUUGAGUAUCAUUCAAUAAUGACCAAUCAGAGGGUUCUUGAAUGGAUCCUUUUCUGCUGGCUGGCCCCAUUUUUUUGCAUGUCUGUUUUAAUUGUAUUACUUUCUAGACUCACUUUAUGUGGCGCUACUAUUGAAAAGGUAUAUUGUGAGAUUUGGGCAGUUGCAAAACUUUCUUGUUUUUCUACAACAGUAAAUAAUGUGUUUGGGUUCACUGUUAUUCUUCUAUACUUAGGACAUGGUGUAUUGAUAUAUUGCUCCUAUUUUCAGUUGAUUAGAAAGUGCAUGAAGUCAAUAGAGGUCAGACACAAAUUCAUGCAAACAUGUGUGCCACAUCUGCUUUCAUUGAUCAAUGUGACUGUUGCUUUGCUGUUUGAUGUGCUAUACAGUCGUUAUGGCUCAAAGAAUGUGCCUCAAGGUUUGCGUAAUUUCAUGGCCCUGGAAUUCCUACUUAUACCACCCAUUUUAAACCCUUUUAUUUAUGGACUAAAUCUGACAACAGUACGCCAGCAAGUUAUGAGACUGUUUUUCAAGAAAUAA